UAAAACUCCCAUGAGACAUUGCGUUGACAAGUUUUCAAGAUGGCGGACGACGUAUAAGCUCUAAAUACUGUUCUAAAACAAAGAAGAUACAGUCUCAUUGACGUUGAUCCCAGGCUGUAAGAGAAUCAUGUCACCAGCGCAUAACGAGACACAAAGUGAUGAUAUAACCCUCAAAUAUUCGUUGGGUGCUCAGAAAAACAAACGUAUGAAGCAACAGUUUGGUAAGGCCAAACUUUUCGAAGUCAGAAGAUUGGUACGAAGAAUAAGACAGUUUGAAAACAAAAAAGGAACGGCUGAGCAGUUACAGAAAAACAAGAGAAAGGUUUCAAGGAUGGAGGAGCAGUUGCAGAUUACCAAAGAUGCGCGCCUUGAUGCAGUGAUCGCUUACGUGGAUGAGAGAUCUGGUAGCCAAGAUGGAGUAUCAAAACAAAACAUCAACGCACGUGAAAUAGUGUUCGAAAAGCUUGCAAGUGCUUUAGAGCUUAAUAAAGAACUUCUUCCUACAGACGAAACUGCGGCAACAGAUAGUAAAAAUGAUAAUCAAAGAAACAUAUCACAAACAAAACAAGCACAGGAAAAAACAAAAUCUCCGUUUAGUGCAGCACAUGGGAGAGACAAAGACCAUAAAAGGAAAAGGAGAAUGAAGGUGACAGGUGGAUCCUCAGAUGAAGUUCUUCAGAGGUCCUCAGAGUCUGUUUUUGUUAGUAGUAUGAAAGAAUUAUCAAAUGUGGUGGGAAAUAAGAAACCAAGGGAGGAAUCAGAACCGUUAGAUUUCUCAGAUUCUGAGUCAGAAAAAACAAUGAAAAAACUAGUCAAAAGUAAAAAACAAAAAAGUUUUAAAGUUAUAAAGAAAAAUCGUACAGGGCAGCGCUCAAGACAGAAAAUGUGGGAACAAAUGUAUGGUAUGAAAGCCAAGCAUCGCAUGAAGAACAGAGAAAGCAAUCCAAGCAAUAGUAAAUUUGGUAGUGACAAACUUAGUAAAAAAUUAAAGCAAAAACAAGAGGAGAAGACGACUGACCAAACUCUCCUCCAUCCAUCAUGGGAGGCCAAGAAAAAUAAGAAAGAAAGCAUUGUAGAAUUUGCUGGUAAAAAAAUCACUUUUGAUUUCUAGAUUGUUCUUGAACACUGCAAUAUGACCAUUGGGAGUGAUUAUAGUCUAUUUAAAAAAAUAGUAUUUUUCAUCUCUUUAACAAGCCCCACCCCCAAAGACACAAAAAAAUUAAAUAAGCGCCCUGGGCAAAUUAUAACGGUGACCCUUGUAGCACUUGACUAGAGACAUAGCCUUGUGGCCCUGUUUUGAAAUAUCACUGUUGUGCCAAAUAAUUUAUGGACUCCACAUCUUGUAUUGCUAAUAAUGCUUUUAUGUAAGUGAUACAGACUUCUGUCUUCCUUGAUAAAUGUUUAUAAGAAAAG